AAAAAAUUUUGAAGUUCAGUGACCUUUCCAAUAAUACUCGGAUGUCGAUAUCUAUAUAAAAUAUGAAAAUUGUAAUAGUGCUGGUUGUGCUCACUUAUAUAGGUCGGGUACUUGGUCACGAAGCAGAAGAUCAUGAUGAAGAGGAUCUGGACAAUCCGUAUUAUUUCAACUUCGGUAGCAAGACGACAAUUUGUCCGCAAAACGCCAGCUGCUUGGAUGGCAAACCGAAUUUCCUGUGCGCCAAGGAUCCGAUGAAAGUGUCACCAAAUUGCAAACGCUUUGUGCUCGUACCCGUUACCCCAAAAUCCCGAUCGAAUAUGGUGCAUGUGCACAACGGAUUGCGCAACAAAGUGGCCUACGACAAGAAGCUCUCUAAUAUGAAUCUGGUCUAUUGGAAUAUGCACUUGCAGCACAUGGCCGAGCAGUAUUUGCAUCUGUGCCGGCCGUACCGGGACACCUGCCUGAUUAUCGGCCUUAACGGCUAUCGAGUGGGUCAAAACACGGUGUUUGUGCCCCGCAAGCACUUCGCGCAGCUCAAAGAAUGGGAGGGACGAAUGGUGCGGCAUUGGUUUUUGGAAUUGGGCAGUAUCAAGAUCACAUCGGAAGAUUUACUCACGGAGCAGCUUAAAGGCAAAAUGGGUAACUUAACCCAGCUAAUCUGGCCGAGCUUACAAUUUAUUGGCUGCAGUGCAGCGAUCAUGUUUGAAGGCAUCUUCAUUGUCUGCUAUUAUUAUCCGGCCGUCAACGAAAGCCUUAAAGCCCAGUUUACUUAUUUGAAGGCGGACGAGAGCUGCGUCUGUCCCAAUAAUCGAUACAUAUGCUCUCUGCUUUUCACCAGCCUCUGCGGUAUUGAUAUCGAGGUGGGUGGCGCCUUGAUAACUAAGUUCAGUGCGUGGAACAUGUUCUUGUUAUUGUUUAUAUUAUUUAUAUUUUAUAAUUUUCGCUUUUCUCGUGUGUAACAAAUUGAAGAACAUUGGUAUAGAAUGGGAUCGCUAUUGCUUCUGUCAAGGUUUGGUUAAAAGGUCCGCAGAUCAAACGAAGGAUCUCAAUAUCUCUCAAUAGUCUCUAGAGAUUUUUAUAUGAAAGCUCGCCAAGCUAAUUUUGUGUUUAUUCUCAAUAAGCUCGCCAUUGGCGGAACUUUAAUCGUUUCUGAAUUUCUUAACCUUAUAAUUCUCAACCAGUUAAAGCAAAAACUUACCCAAGCUCCAACUGAAACUACUUUGAGCAUGGCUUCUGCUCACAAUUCAAAUACACAGAGCACUCCAAAUAUUUAAUUAAUUUAAUAAAAUUAAAACGUAAGAGGAAAUGCCCAAAAGAGCUUGUGCUAUUCAUUUCAGUUUCACAAGAAACCAAUUGACAGUCAGUCAGACAGACAACUUGAAAGACACCGAACAGCACCCGGCAAGGGCGGGAGAGACGCAUUCGAUUUCAAAAGGAAACGCAAAACCCGAACAAAAAAAAAAAAAAGAAGAUAUAUAUGUAUAAAGGGGGGCGCCCGUUUUGGCUUGUCUUAAUGCCCGAGAAAACACACCCACGGAAUUAGCAAAUCAAGAAGCGACGGGUAACCAAAGCGAAAACUCGCCGAAAGCGUCGACUUUUCCAAGCCCCUAACCGCCAGCUCUUUUACCCACACUCUUCACCUUUCACACCCCCUACUCCCUUGGGAGCCUCCUACUGUCUGGCUCUGGGCAAAAUGCUGUUUUGUUAUUGGAGCAUUUUCGGUUGAUAAAACAAACGACGAUUGAGGCGUGCAACUUCUUUUUGUAACCCCCAAGUUUGGGGGAAAUUCGGAUGGUAGACGAAAAUUUGCUAAAGUUGAUUUCGUGUGGGGUUCGCUCUCGUGUUAAUAUAUAUAAUAAAAUAUAAUGAUUAUUAUGUGGUCUCUGGGCCCAGAUGUGUUGGCAAAAUA